AUGGGAAAAGUAGUUCAAUUGCUCACGCAUCCAAGCGAGCUUAAAGCUGUUAUACAAUUGAAAGGAUUCAGAGAACAUCUCCAUAAAAGACCCCAGCAAUCAGAGAACCUUGCGAAGUGUUAUGAUUUCCUCUUCAAGACUUCCAGAUCGUUCGCAACUGUGAUUGAAGAGUUACACCCUGAAUUGAAGGAUGCUAUCAUGAUAUUUUACUUGAUUUUGCGUGCUUUAGACACUAUAGAAGAUGACAUGUCUAUCGAAUCAUCAAUUAAGGUACCGAUCUUGAGGUCAUUUGCUUCCAAAUUGGACACCACUGACUGGUCGUACCAAGACUCCAAGGACAAGGAUGCCAUCGUAUUGGCAGAAUUCCCUGUUAUUUUGGCCGAAUAUCACAGAUUGAAGCCUGCUUACCAAGACAUUUUAAAGGACAUUACUGACAAAAUGGGCAACGGUAUGGCUGACUAUAUCUUGGAUGAAAACUUUAACUUGAACGGGGUGGAAACUCUCAAGGAUUAUGACUUGUACUGUCACUACGUUGCCGGAUUAGUUGGUGAAGGUUUGACCAACCUUAUGGUUUUGGCUGGAUUUGCUAAUAAUGAUCUUAUGGAUGACGAUUUCCAAAAGACUGAGUCGAUGGGUUUAUUCUUACAAAAGACAAACAUUAUUAGAGAUUACCACGAAGACUUGCUUGACGGUAGAUCAUUCUGGCCAAAAGAAGUGUGGUCCAAGUAUACUGACAGCUUGCCAUCUUUCCACAAGGAUUUGUCCGAACAGAGUCAAACUGCUGGUAUAAACUGUAUCAAUGAGUUGGUAUACAACUCCUUGAGUCACGUCAUUGACGUCUUAACAUAUUUGUCUAUGGUAAAAGACCCCUCGUCAUUCAACUUCUGUGCCAUUCCACAGGUGAUGGCCAUUGCCUCAUUAUCACUCGUAUACAACAACAAGGAUGUCCUUCACAAAAACGUAAAGAUUAGAAAGGGGACCACGUGUAAAUUGAUCCUUGCAAGUAGAACUAUGCCUGCUGUUGCAGCUAUUUUCAAACACUAUAUUCAAGUUAUCAAUCAUAAAUCUAGAGUGGAAGAUCCAAACUACUUAAAGAUUGGAAUUAGAUGUGGACAGAUAGAACAAUUCCUUGAAUCUAUGUAUCCAACCCCAGGCUCAAUUCCAGCUAGCGCCACUUCCAGUACCGAUUCUAGUGAGAUAUCAACAUACAUCAAGGCCAGAUCUUCGAUUGAUAGGCAAGUGAGUCAAGAAGUCCAGAGGGAAGAAUUCAGAUGCAACGCCGCUAUACUUUCCGUCCUUUUGGUGAUUGGAGCCACGAUUUAUUACUUCGUCAAGUAA